UUGAAGGCUUCUGUCCUCGGGCGUCGGCGUCAACCUCCAUCCGAUUGAAAUCCAUUCCUUCUUCCAUCCUUGAAUUCGUGCCCCCUCAUAAUUUUUGUUGUUUGCUCAUCGGAACGAAGUGUCGACCAACAAAAGAAGAAGUACCAAAAGUAACAAAGCGCUGCCAUCUCUGGUCACCAGCGUAGUUGCUGGGCCGAUACCAGUGGAACAAGCAAAAGCAGCACCAGCAGGAAAAAGACCGAGUCCAAACAACACCAUGAAUGCCGCAUUGGCCAACGCCACGAGAGGUGCAGGUUUGACUUUUCAUGACGUGCAUGAUGCAGGCCCACCAAGAGACCCGCUACCCGAAACCCAUCCACCAGUCAUCUUUCGGGGUGAGACGGGCACUGAGGCCAUGGUCGAGCCUUAUGAUGGUGGACCGCCAUCUCCGGAAAUCCUUUUCUUGGCCAAGUCUGACAAUCCCGAACAGGCGUACAAAUUGAUCGGAAAACCCAGCAAGCAUCUCGACCACCAUGGUGCCGGCUGGGGAUCCAUUCACUAUGCUGUCACUCUCCCUCGCAGGCGCCGGAAUAACGAGACUGUCUUAACGUUCAGAGCACCAGACCCAAGCGAAGCCCGGCUCGUCGCCAUUAAGCAGCUGGACAAGGCAGUGGUUGGUUCCUACCUCAGACGUGGCGGCCACGAGGACCCAUACAAGGAGAUAUCCCGAAUGCAGCGACUUGGCGAUGGGUUUCACGUUCUUCAGUGCCUUGAAGCAUUGGAAGACGACAAGUGCAUUUACUCUGUGAUGCCAUACUGCAAUGAAGGUAGCCUGAUGGAUAAUCUCCCGUGGACUAUGUCUGGUGGCACAGGAUACCCCGAAGAUGAAGCCAAGGCUCUCUUUAUCAACAUCCUGGAGAUCCUUGUCUACCUUGAAAGGCAUGGAAUUUUCCACCAUGACCUGGCUCCGGAUAAUUUCUUAUUCUUCAAUGGUCGUCUGGUCCUCUUUGACUUUGCCAUGUCUCUACCGUUUCCCAGAGAAGACGACGGGACACGCUACUUGAUGAGGCCUCAAGGUGUUUAUGGGACCAUGCCAUGCAUGGCGCCUGAGCUCUACUUCAACGGCACGCCGUUUGAUGGAGUUGCUGGUGAUCUCUGGGGCGCUGGCACAAUUCUCUACUCCCUCCUCACAGGCCACAUUCUCUACUCUCUACCGGCCCCAGCUGACAUCCUCUUCCGCUACUACAUCCUUGCUGGUGGAUUGCGCCCUGGUCUGAACGAAGAAAUGGUGGAAAUCUUGGAGGGUGCCUUCAGUCCUGACAGCAACGAUGAUCAGGACAAUCUCAUGGCUCACGCAAUGGCCAAUUUGAACAUUCCUCCCGAUGCCCUCGAAGUUUUGAUUGGCCUCUUGAAUUUCAACCCAUCGGCGCGCUGGACCCUCAAGCAGACGAUCGAUUCGGCCUGGGUUCAAGCCGCCUAAGACCAAUCCCUUCGCGUCGCGUGGAUUGAAGAUUCACGCUGUUGUGAGGGCUGUCCGCAGCAGGUGCCGAUACCCUUCCCUUUAUGUUGCAUACGUGGUUGACUGUGUACAUGUUUUGAAUUCAUGAAUUCAUGAUGUUAAGAAUUUUAUAUGACGAGCGCUUCGUCGAACAAAUCAAAAGAAAAGAAAAAUAGAUGCUACCCCCAAGAAAUUAUAAAAAUACUAGCCAUUCAUAUUAUGAAACUUUAUGAAACU